GAACAUAAUGAUGGAGGUGUUGGUGUUGGAAUAUUGUGUCCUGCGCGAAAUUUACUUGUAAAUUCGGAUGAUGUGUUUUUUGAGUGAAAUUGGAGUGAUGUGAAAGUGUAUAUGUUAAGCUAAAGAUUUUGUGCAGUUACAGUGUGUUCAAAUGAAAUAUCGUGAUGUAAAAUGGUUUGCAAAAUCACGAGUAGUUUGGGCCCGGGUCCUACCUAUCUGAAAAGCAGCCAUUUGGAGUGCUGAUCAGUAUUGCUUUAAUUGACAAGUUUUCACAUUAUGCAGAAACGCGAUCCUAGAGAAAAUAAUAAAGAUAAAGAAACGGGUGACGUUAAUGCUAAAAGAAGAUCAAGUCUAGCUACCAGAAGCGCCAUGCAUUCCAGUCGGCAUAGUGUCUCUAGCUCAGCAGGAGUUCUUAUGGUUGGACCAAAUUUUAGAGUAGGGAAGAAAAUAGGAUGUGGCAAUUUCGGGGAGUUGAGACUAGGAAAAAAUUUAUACAACAACGAGCAUGUUGCCAUAAAAAUGGAACCUAUGAAGUCGAAAGCACCCCAGCUUCACCUCGAGUACAGGUUCUACAAACUCCUAGGGACCCAUGUGGGCCGGUUCGGGGUGGCGAGGCCCGAGGACUUCCCGGCGGGAUUUGCGGCGGUCUACACGUAUGGCAAGACAAGUGAUGGCAACUUCAAUGCCCUCGUACUAGAGCUGCUCGGACCCACACUCGAGGACUUGUUUUGCAUGUGCAAUCGUACAUUCUCGCUCAAAACCAUCCUGAUGAUCGCCAUACAGCUUCUCCACAGAAUAGAGUACGUCCAUGGCAGGCACCUCAUUUAUCGGGAUGUCAAACCGGAAAACUUUCUAAUAGGGAGGAGCAGUACGAAAAAAGAUAAAAUAAUACAUAUUAUAGACUUUGGACUAGCCAAGGAAUACAUAGACCUAGAGACAAAUAAACAUAUCCCAUACCGGGAACACAAGAGCCUGACCGGCACCGCCAGGUACAUGAGUAUCAACACCCACUUAGGCAAAGAACAAAGCCGACGGGAUGACCUGGAGGCACUGGGACACAUGUUCAUGUACUUCCUGAGAGGCUCACUGCCGUGGCAGGGACUGAAGGCGGACACACUGAAAGAGAGGUACCAGAAGAUCGGGGACACCAAGCGAGCCACCCCCAUCGAGGUGCUGUGCGAGGGCCAUCCCGAGGAGAUGGCGACGUACCUGCGGUAUGUGCGGCGGCUGGACUUCUUCGAGACGCCAGACUACGAGUACCUGCGCAAGCUAUUUCAAGACCUAUUCGAGAGGAAAGGCUUUGUUGACGACUCUGAGUUCGACUGGACGGGCAAAACCAUGCCAAGUAACAUUGACGCUUUACGGCUUUUACGCAAUGCUCCGCCAUCUCAUAUUGGCAAAACCAAAUCCGACAAGUUUGUCAGUGAAACGCAUAAGAUCCAUAAACACCAGCGCUUAUCCUUCCUUCCUCUACUUAAUCCCUUCCUGGAACCUCUGGUUAUAAACAAGGGGUCAACGCCAGUGGGGUCUCUGCAAACCAACCAGGAGGUAUUUGUCCACAAAAUGCCUGCCACUGCCGCCAAGGAAAGGGUGAAAGGUAUGGCCGUCUGGUCUGACGUCUCGAAGCAGCCCUCCCACACUCUCGGCAACCUCACCCCUGCUGACAGACACGGCUCUGUACAGGUUGUGAGCUCAACGAACGGAGAGUUGGCCAACGAUGACCCAACGGCAGGACACUCCAACACUCCCAUCACGCAGCAGACUGAGGUCGAGAUCGUGGACGAGACCAAAUGCUGCUGUUUCUUCAAGCGCAAGAAGAAGAAAGGCACGCGCGGGAAGUGACUAGCCGUCGUGCAGUGCAGUCCGGAGCGCGAGGCGGUCACACUACUGCGCGCCACCAGUCAGUCCAACUCGAGAGAUAGCGUCCUGAACCCUGCCGUCACGUGAGUCGUCACCAUCGCAGUAGUCACAGUCUUGCCACAUCGUCGCAGACAGACGAGUGUCCCGCCACAGUCACCGACAAAGUGGUCACUUUUGUACCCUAAACAUUUUAAAACCAGGAUCACCAGUUUAGUUCAGAUCUCCUUCUGUACCAUUUAAUCGACUGUUUGAAUCUAUACAUGCAAACUAAUGUAAUUGGUAAAUAAAUAAACAUUGUGUAACAAACUGUAAAGUUGUGAGGAACCGUAAACUGAGCAAUUUUAAGGUACUCAAUGUAAAAAAAAAACAUAAUCGUAAGGCAUAAUAUGUACAAGAAUUGUUGAAUGGUUAGAACAUAACUGAGAAUGUAAUAUUAGUGGUUUUAAUAAAGAGGAAAUUUGAAUUGUUAUAUUUGUCAAGGAAUUUAUUAUCUCGGAAAUGUAUUUAUUUCUUGUACACUUUGUUUCAUCAUGUGUUCCAGUUAUUACAUAAUUUUCUUAUUACAUUUUAUUUUUUGAUUGUUUUCUUGGAUUGAGAAGGGUUUUGUGUUAUGUGGUAUUUUUUAUAUAACGUCAGAAAGUAUUUCUCGCCAUUGUUAUGGUGCUAUAUAAGACUCUGGUUGAGUAUGAUUAACAUAUUUAUUGCCCUGAAAUCGAAAAUUAAAAUUGUUGUCACUGGUUAUUUUUGUUCAGCUAAGUGUUACAAUAUAAGUGUUUGUAACUUACCUUGUUAAUUUGUUAAGUAAUUUGUCUGCUAUAAUUUUAACUAAUUACAGUAAUAAAAAUCAAUUGAGGUUUUCAAUCUCUUUGUUUUGGUGUCUUAUUAAACUGUAUUAACUUUAAAAUUAUGGUAUAACAUUUGUAAAUUAAAUCAAAUUAUUUGUAGAGUAAAAGAAUGCACUGUGAAAUUCCAGUCCGUAUGUGGUUAUAACAAUAUAUCUUUUCUAGCAGAUUUUUGUAUUAAAAGAUUGAUGAUAUUUAAAAAAAAAAUGUAUAGGACUGCAAAGAGAAGUAAUAUAGCAGUGUUUGAUUAAUAUAUUUGAUGAAUAAUGACUAAACUAAUCAUUCUUAUUAUUUAAAUUGUAUGGCAUGCGUUACAAUUAAAAUUCAUGUAAAAAAUUCAUUUUAAAAAUAACAUAUUGCAAUUGUGAAAAAAAUCAAUGGAUCAUGUCUUUAUAAAUAAGCAAAUUUGACUUACAUCAUUUUUAGAUCAUUUGCCAUAAACUCAUAAGAUUUUAUUUGUGUAUUGUUACUAUUCAAUUAUUUUAUUUUAACUGAAUGUAGUGAAUGAAAGCAAUCCUGGAUUAAAUUGUAAUCUGUAUUUUUUCACUUCCUGGUAACUUGACUCCAAGCAAUUAUUGAGUUCUCCAGAAUAUGGUUUUUAAUGUAUAGCCUAUUGUAAAUACGAUAAUUAAUGAUACUCCUAAACUCGUAGAGCUCCUGAAACCGUGAGUCUGGAAAUUGAUGAAUCUUGAAACAAUUCGUUCACUACGGUAUGGAAUAUUACAUUUGAAACUGUCUGAUUUGGCAAAAAUUAUAUGAGUAGCAUUAUUCAUGUGGACUGAACGGUAUACCCAGGAUGGUUUUGUAAAAAGACAUAAUUUUGUUAUAUUUCGAAUACAUUCUGUAAUGUAAUAAAAUAUAAUGAUUGUUGCAAGCUUUGUGAUGUGAUGGCUGGGAGUGGUCUGUUGCUGUGUAUAGUUCCAUUCAUUUUGGCUGCCUCUUGUACAUACAAUCCUGUAUAUAUUUUGUUACAUACUGAUUUUUGUGUUGAGAUUAUUAGUCAAUUAAUCACGUAAAACAGUUGCGGUCAGCUUUGUCACUGCUUUAAUGUCAAGUUAAACCUUAGUGUAUAACAUUCUCUGAACUGUGUUACUCCUCGGUUAAACUGAUGAGGAUAUUAGGUCAGUGCUGGACAUAUGAUAGUUUUAAAUCGAUUAAACUAGUAUUUUUAUGUUGCUUUGGACAAUUUGGUUCAUCAUCGGUUUUAUUCAUUUUAAUUUGAUCUAUUUUGUUGGUUUAAAACUCAAAUCACCUUAGCAUAUUGUAGUAGAGUAUAAAACACCACAGUCUUUCAAUUUUUUUCCAAUUUGUUUUUUAAUGGAUUCAGUUAAAACUGGUCUUUUAAAGUUUUUUUAUCAAUUUAAUUUGUAAUAAAACCUCUAAGCUAUAUAUAUUUUAACCAAAAAAUAUUCAACAAACUUUUGUUUUGUUUUGUAAAAUUAAUAUUUAUUUAUAACUAAUUUUAUCGUUUCAUUAUUUGUAUUGUAUAUUAGUGUUUAAACAUUAUUAAAUAAAAACUUGGUCCUUUACUUUCAAUCAAAUUUGCUAUUGCAGUGAGUGUUACAAAUUGAGAAAUUUAACUAAUCAUUCUCCAUUUUAUUUUAUGGACAGUCAUUGACAGCAGUUACAAUGGGUAAUUUUUGAAGUUUCUUUAAUUUCAAAUAGCUUGUUAUUAUGUGAUGGGAGAUCCAAUAUUUGAAUAUAUUUUUAGACGCCCACAGUAAAAUUGGUUUUUGCAGCCAACAGUCAUAAUAUACACCUGUUAACUGUUUUUUAUUACUGGGUUAUUAACUAAACUGCCAUAAAACUAGUUGUUGUGAAACAUAUAAGCUUCAUGAAACAUGAAAAAUACUGAUGUUUUCAGCUUAUAAGUUUUUAACCUCUAUAUAAUUGCUGAUUAGCUAAUAACAUAACUGCUAAUAAAAAUAACAAUGACAUAUGAGUAGUGUAAUUUUCAUGUUAACAGUCAUUACUAAAUUUCCAUAAAAGGUAGGAAUUUCAAACUUUGUUCCAUUUUGCUAACAUAUAAAUUUGGUUUAAGUCUUUGUAUAUAAAAAUAAUAUAAAGUAAUGUUCAGUAUACUGUAUACAUUAUAAACAUAUCAAAUUUUAAAAAUUAAUUUUACUUCUGAUUUAAUUUUUUAUAGGGUUAUCAGAUUAAAAUAGUAAUUUUACCUGAAAGUUUACACUACCACAAUAGAUGUGAGUUUCUCAUGAAAAAUACAAAUAUUAUUUAACAGCUAAUAGUAUACGAGUAUAGAACUUAUAUUAUUUCACUUCUCUAAAAGUUAGGAACAUAAAUGUUUUCAUUAGGUAAUUAAUUUAUCAAUUUAGUUUAUGAUGGUGUAUGUAAAAAUACCAUAGAGCUAUUAAAGACCCUUGGAGCAAUUGGAAAAAAUGUUUAAAUAGUACUAAAUGUUAAUAAAAAAUAAUUUUCCCACAUUUAUUUUUGGACGAGGCUUGUCGAAACCAAAGAUUUCAUCAUCAGGUGACUCCAAAAAUUGGAUUGGCGUCCAAUUAUUUCCAAUAAAUAUUGUGGCAUUUACACUAGGGUCUAGGGCUAAAUUUAAUCAUAAAGUUAUUUUCAUACAAUUGAUUUUAAAAAGUUUUAUGUUCAAACAUUUUAAUUUUUUUUUAAUAUACAAAUGUAAAAAGGUUAGUAUGACAGUUAGUUUGAACAUCCAAAGUAACACAUACUUUUAUCAAUAUUAACAAAGGCAGAAGUUUAUGGUAUCAAACACAAAAGUUGAAGCUCCUAUGUUAAAAAUUAUACAAUGUUUAACAUAACAAAAUCAGUAUAGUCUUAAAUUUUAGAGUACACUACAAAUAAAAAAAUUUACUUUAAAUAGAAAUAUUUAAUUUAUGUAAUAAUUGCAUACCUUAAAAGUAAAAAAAUCAAACAAAUCAAUAUUAAAAUAUGUUUACAAAAGCUCUUUAAAGUUCUAUCAAUGUUAAAACAAUGGAGAGUAGUUUUUUAAACUAGUAGAUUUUUUUCUAAAGGUGAUUUUGAAGUUUUACAUUUUUGUUACUCCCUAUUAUUUGUGUAUGACUUUACUUACAAGACAUUGAUUGGGUCAUAAUAUUCUCUUUGUUCAUGCUAUUCAAAUUAAUUACUAUAAAAUACUUUAAUACAAAUGUUUUACAAGGUUAUUUUUGCCUAUUUUUUAUUGUAACAAGUUCAUGUGCUUAUUUAUUGUUAGUUUCAAUCAAUAGAAAACUAUGUAUUUGGUAUAAAUUAAGUUUUGAGUCCUGUGAAAUGUUAACUAACCCCUUAACUGCUGUGUACACGUAUAUAUAUCUUCAGCUGUCUAGCCAUCUGAGUUACUCAUGCUUGAUGCAUUCCGAUGGUGCUCGGGUUAUUUCAAGUUUCAUUAUUGUUGCCUCAUUCUCUUUCUAUCUCGUAAUUUUAUUAUACCAAUUGCUGACGCCUCAUGAAUAACUAGUGCUACUUAUUAGAUAGAAUUAGCCUUUUUUAUUGUUAAACGCAUUUGGAAAGUUGUAUUGUUCAUUACACAUCUUGUUACGACGUGUACAAAUUUUAUUUUAUUCAUACAAAACAAUAGUAUAAUGCAUAUUCUGUAAAAAUGAAAAAUCCAGAAGUGAUUUGGUGUCUGUAAAUGAAGCAGUUAAGGGAUUAAGGAAGGGAAAUGGAUUUGUAGUUUUUAAAACAAUCUGUACUAAUUCUUAUAAUAAGUUGGUCAGUUAUCAUCAUACCUGUUACAUUGUGGUGAAAGGGCAGUGGCAGCAGUAUAUACGAGCCGAAUCGGACGGCCUAGUGCUAACCUGACAACUAUUUACAAAUAAAUCUAUUUUUGUUAUCCGGACACUUGGGUUUGAUUUAGUGAUCUCUAAACGCAAACGUUGUGGUGUGUUUGCUGACUGUAAGAGCGUGCGAGUGCGUGCGUUCUCUCCUAUCUCGCCUUUAAAUCAAUUAGUGAGUUUUGUAAUUAUGUAAAUCUUGUUCUAUUGUUAGGUUAUUUAUAUAUAUUUGUAACUAUUGUUUUAGUACUAAAUUAUGGAUUUUAAUUUCCCUGUUGAUGUCUAUCUACUAUGAGACAGCUUCUUGUGAUAGUUUUAACAAAUCAAAAUGAUUCAUGUUUGGUGCAAAAAUAAACUUCUGUGAAGAGUUUCAGUUGACACAGACUCGUUGUGGGUUUGGUUCCAGCGGUUGUAUUUACACAGUGUACGAUUACUAACUAGUGUUAUCGACAAUGUUCUGUCUGAAUUUAGUAUAAAAUACAGAUAUAUUUUGUAACAUAUAAUACUCUACCCCCUUACUAUCUUAUAUCCAAAUUACCUAGAGUUUAAUGACAAAAUAUGAAUAGUGUAAUUUUUGUAAACUAUUAAUUUGACUUUUAAUUGCCACACUAUGGACCGUUGACAAGUAUGCAUGAAUAUCAGCUUUCAGAAGAGAAACUGCUUUGGUUCUUACAAAUGGUGAGCUUUGAAUUUAAAACUCAAUUUUUUGCUUAACAAACAUAAUAUUAACUUCACUGAAAUUUAUUUUUACAACAAAGACAGAGGAGUGCGAGUGAAAGUUUGCGACAAGAUAUUGUGAGAUAAUAGUGUUUUUUUUUUAAUCUAAAGUAUGGAAGUUGUGAGGAAAAUGCUGUUGGCUAUUUUGUCAAAAUAAAAGUAAUACUUUAAUAGCGUCUGUUUGGUUCUAAAUGUUUUAAAUUUACGUCUUCCAAAUUAAGUGGUCUCUGACAAAGACGAGUAAAAGUGUUGAAUAAAUCAUUUUAAUUAUUGAUUUACCCACAAUUAAUAACAUUUCAAAAUAAUAAUGUCACACAAAAAUUCAGUAUGUUCUCGUUCAACACUACUUGUGUGAUAUCACAUGCAAGUGGUGACGGAUGCUCUGUUUCGAACCAAAUAACUCGCACACCUCUAAAAACCCAACCAAGCGUUGUAAAAUGAAGACCUUGUAAAUAAGAAAAUUGGUCCAAGUUGUAAGAUACUACUGGGGUGUGAUCCCAGACCAGUCUACCGUCGCGACUCACGCUCGGUCGCACAGUGGACAGCUGACUGUAAUUAUUGCUAGUUAUUAUGUUUAACAGCUGAUGCGCAUUAUUGUUACGGAACUGAUUGAGUGUUGUAGCGUUUACAUUGUUUUAUUUACUAAGUAAUCGGAUUCUGUUCACAUUUAAAAGCCUUCUUUAGGUCGAACCAAAUAUUUAUGUCAACAGACGAGUUGUAUUCUUUAUUAUGUCUCAUAAAUGUAACUUUUUAUAUUAAGUUCUUGCAUACGUACAUUCUGGCGGAAUAAAUUUAUUUACUGCUGUA